ACCUACAUCUUCAUUUUUUAGUCUUAACUAUACCUACGUAAACGUACUACAAUUCAUGGAACAUUACCUCAUGCAGACAACCUAUUCCCAUACAACUUGAUCGCUCAUUGCGUUGGAAACAUGCAACAUAUUGCACCUCCUACAACUCUCGACCAGUCGUCCCUGAUGUGGCAGGACCUCAAUUCGCUUUAUGGCUUUAGUCACUUACUCUCACAUUCGACUCAACGUUUCCAGUCUCACUAGGCAAACAGGUAGCAUGCCUGAACAUGUCCAAUUUUACGAUGGGAUGCCGGCAGCAAGCAUCUUGGAUGGGCUCACUAAUCUUUUUUGCGUUUCUGGGGGUGUCAGCCCGAACGUGCCUGGAAGUACAUAAGUUACCCACUCGAACAAGAGAUUGCGAGAAAUGCAAUAAACCGCGGAAAGGCACAGUUACUCAUCUGGAGCGAACCCCGUCGCAGAAACCCUUCCCUGGGCGCGCGGCGCGCUGCUGGCUAACGGAUCGUGUUGCUGGCUAACGG